CCUUUUAUAGUUUGAUGCCAUACAGAGACUAGCGGAGGACACAGAUGAGAGGAGCCGCCCGUUUCAACACCAAUCUGCGGCGCGUGCGAAGGAAUGGACGAGAUGGGGAUGCGGCCUAGUAGAGCCUUGGGCUUCCAACCGACAUGGUCCCUUCUCGUGUCCAACGCCUCUGGAAGAGUGGAAGGCUGCUCCUUCCCCAAUCCACAUACAUGCGCGUAAUUGUUAAAUAUGGAUUGAGCCGCGGUUAUGAUGGAAUCAAGCUUUUGAAGUGUCAAAUCAAUUUUGUGAUCUCGUAAAACUGAGGGCGGAGUUGCAGAGCUGCUGUUAAUAUGGAGGUUUGAUUUAUUUGUUUGAGCAUUUCCUGUGAUAGAAAUAUAAGGGAAAGGAAAUGGCGGAGAGCCCGAGACUGGUAAACCUUUUACCAAAUUUGGUUACGCUUCGAGUAAAAAUACCGACAUUUCCGAAUUCCGAGGCUAGAGCUCUUCGUCACCAUACGUUACAUCCGUUACUAAUUACGGAUAAUAAUAUAUUAUCUUCUAAUUAGCCGUGGAACAGUGGAAGAAACGUAUCAACGUGUCAACUGGGGGGCAUAAGCAUUGCCAGCAGGUGACGAAUCUGCCUAUAAAAGUAGCGGCAGCGGUGAUCUUGGGAGUAGGAACUCUUGAGAAUCUGAACAUUAGAAAAUGGACGGAGUAUCUGCUGGUGCAGCAAUGGGGACUCCGGCGAGUUUGGUUUCCAGAUGUGUUGUGACCGCUUGCUCCAUUGCCUCUCUGCUCAUCAUCUGCUAUACUUCUGACUCCAAUGACUCCUAUGAGUCCUAUUCCUUCUGGCUUUUGGCCAGUGUAAUGGGAUUGCUGAUACCAUGGAGUUUGGCAAUGGCAGUUGCGGAUGGCUACUUCAUCUUCAUUCUCAGAAAUCGAACCCUGCAUCCUGGGUUAACUCGUGCUGUUAUCGCAACAGACUGGAUGUUUGCGUUCAUGUCUUUCGCCGCAUCCUCGGCCACUGCUAGUACAGCAGAUUUCCUGUUCCCUGCCUGUGGGAUCACCGCAUGCCACCAUUAUCAGAUAGCGGCUGCAGCAGGUUUCUUAUGCUAUGUGCUCCUGUAUGGUUGCUCUCUUUUCAAUCUAUGGAUCCUUCCGUGGCUAUAAUGAUGAGUUGUACUUUUUACUGCAUGACAGAUUUUAGACUCAAAUUAUAUACCUAUUUAUAACUAAUUUUCGAUUUUAAAUGUAAUCAUUUAAAAUAUUACUGGUUUAGGCUUUAGCUUAUCUGUAGCAGUUGUUAAAUAGUGUUAUCUUUUUUGGAAUGAUUUUCCCUUUCUGUAUGCCUGUUUUAAUUUGUAAACUUGAUUAAGAGCAUCAAGAUUUGGACAUUUCACAAAGAAAAAUUUGCUGAAACUUCUCAAUUGCAAUAUAAAUACUAGUUAGUUCAUGCAUAAUGACAGAUGUAGUAUUGUAAUUCGUACCACCUUAACUACCUUAGCUCUCGGCAGCGAGCCAGCAAAGCUAGUGUUGGCUGUAAGAGAUUAAUGGGCGUUAGCAUCUUUGGUUUCACCUGGAUCAGCCUUCUUAGCUGCAACUCCAACGCAGUUUCGGCCAUUGACACUGAAGUGAAGCUUCUUCUGAAGUCCCAUUCUUCCCAAGUACUCCUGCCAUAGGAAUGGCUGAUUCAGAGGAAUUUGUGUACCAUUUUGUACGUAUACUCAUUUGUCAAGUCACCAUUCAGUAAAUAAAUGUGAAUGCUAUUUGUUACUUUUAAGAUCUGGGUUGAUGGUUACUGCACACUAAUAUUUGUUAAGUAUGACAAUGGUUAUGACCAAUGGAGGCCAAAUCGGUUAUAAAAGUGGAUCCAUAUCAUUGACUUCAUUACAUCACCACUCCACUCAACACACAACAAAGUCACCAAAUCCAAAUGGUUUGUGGUCUCUCAUCAAGGAUGUAGACUCCACGAGAUCUACAUGGACAUUAAAGGUUAGGGUUGUAAGAGCUUAUAAGAUGCCACCACAUUCUAAAGGUAGACACCAACUAUAUGUUCUUAUCAUGAUGAAGAUGUAAGAAACAUGCAUAUGUUUUGGCUUUAUGAGUUCAUUUGUAAUUGGUUUACAAUAUGAUGUGUGUGUACAAGAUAAGCGUUACACAAUGUGUUUAAAAACACCUUUUUAACAAUGUACAUGUACUUAGUUUAGUGAUCAUUCAUUCCGCAUACAGAUUAUGUCAAUUUGGUUGAGUUUCCUGCGUGGAAUGUGAGUUUGG